CUGAGAUUGAAAUCAGUCAAGUAAAACGAUAACAAUUUUCGAUAAUUUGAAAGGAAUAUUAUUAUUUUUAAUUAUAAAUGAAUAAAAUAUAAUUAUUUAUGAAUUAUAAUAUAUAUAUAUAAUAAAAUCUUUAUGCAAAAAAAAUAUAAAUAAUAAAAUUUCAGACCAGAUCAAAACACGGAGACCCGUAAAAAACAUGAUAACUGCCAUAGCUCCGGACCUGGCAAAUGGAAGUGAGAGACGGGUUGCUAGAAGCCGGAAUCGAUCCCUACAAUGGCUUCAGCUUAGAACACGUUCUUGGCACCAAGACUGGUGGGUCCACCUUCGACCCCACCGGACGAAGACACAUCUCAGCCGAUUUUCUAUCAUACGCCAAUCCUUCCAACAUCCGGGUGGCCGUCCACGCCAUCGCAGAGAGGAUUCUGCUCAGAAAACGCAAGGCAGCCGGAAUUUUUUCCGGGACCGGAACAGCAGGUAUCACCACGCCAUGGUUAGGGGCAAAGGCGAAGUCUUGCUCUCCGCCAGAGCUCUGGGUACCCCUCAGAUCCUUCUACUGAGUGGAAUCGGCCCUAGACCAUACCUAUCUUCUUUGGGCAUUCCGGUCUCCUACCACUCACCUUACGUAGGGGAGGUAGGGCAGUUUCUCUAUCGCCCCUCCUUUACCCCUAGGGCACUCUCUGGUUCAGAUUGUGGGGAGCGGAUAACAGAGUUAGGUGCUGUUAAGGUUUAAUCGGGUAAUCCGAAAAUCCAACACAAACUUUGGAUAUAUCAAGAAAUGGGACGAUAAUUUAGUGUAUAAAAGAAAUAUAAAAGAUGAUAUCAACGAACACUCAAGCUCACUUGUAUUAAGUAAUUUGACUAUUACACUGUAAAAUACCUGAACGGUAUGUCGGAAUAGUAACUAAUACAAGAAAUCAGAGAGAUAAUGUUAUUCUAUGCUUGAAUCUAAAAAAAUGUUAACCCUUUACAAUGAAACUAAUCCUUCUAUAUAUUUAUACUAAUGGGGUAUGGGGUACUUCAUGUCGAUCGUCUGCUUUAUAUAACCACUUGGAACUCAUUCUCCCACUAGUUGCCGUCGUGCUUUAGCAAUAAAUGCCCCCUGCCACUUGUUGGUUACCCGCUGCCCGAACGGACAGUGAAUCCUGCUGGAAUCAUUAAUUGGUCUGGCUCAUUAAUGAUUUGGCCCAAGUAUGUUAAUCGAUCCGAACCUCGUUCGUUACAUAUUUUCCCAAGAGCUGGUUCAUUUUCUGGAUGAUGAACCCGUCUAACGAAAUGGAUAUCUUGGACCUUAGAUUCGGGUAUUGGGUUUGAGGCCCAAUAUCCCAACAGGUGCUUACCUAGAAGCUGUUUCUAACGUCAUCCCUCUAUCUUCCCGUACCCCAUACCCCUUCUUCACCGGAACUCCAUAUGCUCCUCCGGUUUACUACCGGACAGUGGCAACAAUCUUGGAGAAGGUAAUAGGGCCGUCAUCUGCAGGGUCACUGAGAUUGGCCUCAACUGAUAUUAGAAUGACCCCCUUGGUCAGCUUUAAUUACUUCAAUGACAGGGGUGACCUUGAGAGGUGCAUGAAUGGGAGCAGGAUGAUAGGGGAGAUUUUGAGGACUAGUUCAAUGGAGGCUUUCAAGUUCGAUAGAGGCUUUCAAGUUCAAUGAAAAUUUAAUAUUCUAAAUUUCCUUUGUAAAAUAAAGAUUAGUACCCC